UGGAAGGAUACGACCGAGACGGUUCAGAAGUACAGCGACGAGAUGAUCAAGCGUUGGAAGGAGGAGAUCGACACCUACCUGGUCUUCGCAGGUCUCUUCUCGGCCGUCCUCACCACGUUCAAUGUGCAGUCAUACCUCCUGCUCCAGCCAGCCGCCCCCGAUCCUUCCUUCGCCGUGUUGCAACAAAUAUCCUCUCAGCUCGCGAGCUUCUCUAUCAAUCCUCCCUUCGUUAACUCCACCCAGCCGGCGAGCACUGAUCGCGCGAAUGCGGACUCACCACCCCCUGUCCCGCGUUGGGCUGUCUGGCUGAACGCGCUAUGGUUCGCCGGUCUCAUCCUCAGCCUGGCCUCCGCCUCCGUAGGCAUCAUGGUCAAGCAAUGGUUGAACGAGUAUAGCGCCGGUGUCUCCGGAAACGCUCGUUCCGUUGCGCAGAUGCGCCAGUACCGCCUGAACCACCUCAGGACAUGGCACGUAGAGGACGUCGUCAACACCAUCCCCGUCCUCCUUCAGCUCGCCCUUGCGCUCUUCCUCACUGGACUUCUAAUCCUUCUCUGGUCACUCCAUGGCACCGUUGCAGCCGUCGCAUCGACACUCGUCUGCCUCCUUGGCGUCUUCACUGCCGUCACCACGCUGCUCCCUCUCGUCAACCACCAGUGCUCGUAUCUCACCCCCCAAAUCCGCGCAAUCAACUCCAUCUGGCAGCCAAAGCGAUACGCCUAUUGGGUCUGUACUUCGAUAUCGACCGGGCAUCAUACCGUGACGAGGAUUCUCACUUCCGCGCAACACUUGCUAUACACCUUCCGUCAACGUCUCCGCUUGUAUGUCUCACUGGCGCACUGGAAAUCUCUCAGUUGUCAAGCACGGAGUACGACUCGACGACUGAGGCGCAUCAUAGCUUCGCCACCAGAGGCCUGGAAAGGCCCCAAGCAGACAUGGCAGGGACGGGAACGGUCGGAUAUCGACGGCAUCGCACGUCGUUUAGACACACAAAUCCUCAUCGAGGCAUACAGCGCCACCCUGCACCCUGACGCCCUCUCGGCCGCCUCCGUGUGUCUCAUGGGCUUCGACUCUGGCGACGUCGUCUACUACUUCCGGCAGCUUCACAAGUCCGCUAGAGAGCACUUCGGUGCUGCAGCGGACUCACCGCA